CUUAUCUCAUCUCCCAAAAUAAAUUGCAUGCCAAUUCUCCAAAUCUCUUGCCCCUCUAAUUCAAGUCAUACGUGACCUUUUCUUCUUUUGCUUCUGCUUCUUCUUCUUCUUCCAUACAAAUGGCUUCAACCACAUCACCAGAAGUCUCACUUGAAGUCUUGCCCUACCUGCGAGUGCUCAAAGACGGAACAAUUGACAGAAUCGCCGGAACCCAAGUCUUCCCGGCCGGCCUGGACCCUCAGACCGGAGUUUUAUCCAAAGACAUCGUCCUCAUACCCGAAACCGGAGUCUCGGCCAGGCUCUACAUACCCAACAACAUCACCAAAACUGAUCACAAGCUUCCCCUCAUCGUUUACUUCCAUGGCGGGGCCUUUUUCAUAUCCUCAGCCGCCGACCCGCUUUACCACAACAGCCUCAACAUGCUUGUUGCUGAAGCAAAAGCCAUCGCUGUUUCGGUAAAUUACAGGUUGGCCCCUGAGCACCCCCUCCCUACUGCAUAUGAAGACUCUUGGGCUGCACUCAAUUGGGUGUUUGGUGGUGGAGAAGAUGGUGAUUUGUGGGUUAAGGAGCAUGUUGAUUUUGGGCGGGUGUUCUUGGUUGGAGACAGUGCAGGGGCUAAUAUUGCACACCAUUUGGCCUUACGGGUGAAGGCAUCCGACGCGGAUCCGAAGGUGAAGAUUGCCGGGAUUGGUUUGGUCCAUCCUUAUUUUUGGGGGGAGGAGCCAAUUGGUGGAGAGGUGACAGAUUUGGUGAGGAAGUCAAUGGUGGACAAAUGGUGGCAGUUCGUUUGCCCGUCAGAGAAAGGGGGGGAUGACCCGCUUAUUAACCCCUUUGGGGAUGGAGCCCCGAGUAUUGAGGGGUUGGCUUGUGGGAAAGUGCUUGUUCUUGUUGCGGGAAAAGACAUAUUGAGGGACAGAGGGAGGCUUUAUUAUGAUGAACUGGUGAAGAGCAGUUGGAGAGGGAGGAAGGAGUAUACUGAAACAGAAGGCGAGGACCAUGUCUUUCACAUCUUUAAUCCCAAUUGUGAAAAAGCUAAGAGCUUGAUUAAGCAUUUGGCUUCUUUCAUAAACCAAGAUUAGUGCAUAUUCCAUGAAAAAGGUUGCUUUCUGGACAAUAUUAUCUGUGGGGAAAUUGACAAAGUGGUGGGAUUCCUUUGUCAAUCUUUGUAUCAGGCAUUUUCAAUGUCAUUGCUGUUAUUGUACUUAUUUCUUCUCUUUACUUUCUCGGUUGCAUAUGUAAGCUGUUUGAAUAAGCAAAAGCUAUUUUCAGUAGGAUUA